AUGAAUUCAGAAAAACCAGAUUAUAAUUAUUUAUUUAAAAUUGUAAUAAUUGGUGAUAGAAAAACAGGAAAAACAUGUUUAAUGAAUAGAUUUGUAGAGAAUACAUGGAGUGAAGAAUAUAGACAAACUAAUUUAUUACAUUUUAAAGUUAAAACUAUCUAUAUUGAUUGUAAAAUUAUUAAAUUACAAAUAUGGGAUAGUCAAGCAGAUGAAAAUUUUAGAUUUAAUAAUAAUAAUUUAUCAAAUUAUAGAAGUGCAUCAGGUUUUCUGGUUGUUUAUGAUUGUACUAAUGAGAAUUCAUUUAGUAACCUUAAACAUUGGAUUAAAGAUAUUAAAUUAUAUGGACGUCCUAAUGCAAUAAAUAUUGUUGUUUCAAAUAAAUCUGAUUUGGUCAAUGAAAAAGUCAUUGACUCAGACGUUGCAAAAUCAUAUUGUGAUAGUUUAGAAAUACCAUUCAUUGAAACAAGUUCAAAACAUUCUUCAAAUGUUGAGGAUUGUUUUGUUUUAUUGAUUAAAAAUGUUAUGAAAUAUUUAGAAACUGAACCAACUAUUCCACAACAACAACAACAACAACAACAACAACAACAACAACAACAACAACAACAACAACAACAACAACAACAACAACAACAACAACAACAACAACAACAACAACAACAACAACAACACCAGCAAAGUUCAAAGACAAAAAUUGGAUGUUUAAUUCAAUAG